GCUUGUUAUGUGCUCGUGUGUUAGCACCACCGCUGCUUUGUAACGUACGAGAGACGCACUUACUUGUAUGAAACUUGGACAUUUUAAAAACAAUCCCAUGCAACAAAGCUGAAGCAUACACUAAUGUUUUCAGCCUCUAUAUAACAGGACAGAGUGGAGACGACUCUGUGGAUGUGUUUAGUCUAGUUCAAGUUGUAGUAAAGUGCGCUAAAAGCUAAAAGAAGAAAUUCGCACCAUGGCGGAUGUUACUGCCCGUAGCUUGCAGUACGAGUACAAAGCGAACUCUAACUUGGUGUUACAAGCUGAUCGCUCUCUGAUCGACCGCACACGGAGAGAUGAGCCCACCGGAGAGGUGCUGUCCCUUGUGGGGAAACUGGAGGGGACCAAGAUGGGUGACAAGUCUCAAAGGACCAAACCUCAGAAACUGGAUGAGAGACGAGACAAGAGGCGAAAAAGAGAUGAGGACAGACACGACAUCAACAAAAUGAAGGGCUUCACCCUUCUGUCUGAAGGGAUUGAUGAAAUGGUGGGCAUUGUGUACAAGCCUAAAACCAAAGAAACCAGAGAGACCUAUGAAGUGUUGCUGAGCUUCAUCCAUGCUGCUUUGGGAGAUCAGCCACGUGAUAUUCUGUGUGGAGCAGCUGAUGAAGUAUUAGCCGUGUUGAAGAAUGAUAAAAUGAGGGAUAAGGAAAGGCGACGUGAAGUAGAGCAGCUUCUUGGGCCUGCUGAUGACACUCGCUACCACGUGCUGGUUAAUCUGGGCAAGAAGAUCUCUGACUACGGAGGGGACAAAGACUUACAGAACAUGGAUGACAACAUUGACGAAACAUACGGCGUGAAUGUCCAGUUUGAAUCUGAUGAGGAGGAAGGGGAUGAAGAUCCGUUUGGAGAGGUACGAGACGAGCACUCGGAUGAAGACAGCGAAGGAGAGGAGGCAGGAGUGGGCAGCGCUCUUUCAGCAAAUCUGGGGGCCACGGGCGAUGUGAUGACCGUGAAGAAGAAAGAUCUGCACCCUCGAGACAUCGAUGCCUUCUGGCUCCAGCGUCAGCUCAGUCGCUUCUAUGACGACGCCAUCGUAUCUCAAAAGAAAGCUGAUGAAGUCUUAGAAAUCCUGAAGACUGCCAGCGAUGACAGAGAAUGUGAGAACCAGCUGGUGUUGCUGCUGGGUUUCAACACAUUCGAUUUCAUCAAAAUCCUCCGCCAGCAUCGACGCAUGAUUCAGUAUUGUACCAUGCUGGCAAGCGCUCAGAGUGAGGCAGAGAAGGAGAGGAUCACUGGGAAGAUGGAGUCUGAUCUGGAACUGUCAAAGAUUCUUUACCAGCUGCAAGAGACGGAGAAGGAAGAUAUUAUCCGGGAGGAGCGAUCUCGCAGGGAGCGGUUGAGGAAGUCUCGUGUUGAUGACAUGGAAGCGAUGGACAUUGACCACGGAGAGUCGGUGGCUUCUCGACAGUUGCUGGACCUUGAAGACCUGGCCUUCACACAGGGCAGCCACUUCAUGGCCAACAAGCGCUGCCAGCUGCCAGACGGCUCGUUCCGCAAACAGCGCAAAGGUUAUGAAGAGGUUCACGUGCCCGCCCUCAAACCCAAGCCCUUCGCUGACGAUGAGGUGCUGGUUCCCAUUGAGAAGUUGCCCAAGUAUGCACAGGCUGGAUUUGAAGGUUUUAAAACCCUGAACCGUAUCCAGAGCAAACUGUACAAGACCGCCUUGGAGACAGAUGAGAAUCUGCUCGUGUGUGCACCUACGGGAGCUGGUAAGACCAAUGUUGCUCUGAUGGCAAUGCUGAGAGAAAUUGGAAAGCACAUAAACCUGGAUGGAACCAUCAAUGUGGACGACUUCAAAAUCAUCUACAUUGCCCCCAUGCGCUCUCUGGUACAGGAGAUGGUGGGAAGUUUCAGCAAGCGCUUGGCAUCAUACGGCAUCACAGUCUCCGAGCUGACGGGGGACCACCAGCUCUGUAAAGAGGAGAUCAACGCCACUCAAAUCAUCGUCUGCACCCCUGAGAAAUGGGACAUCAUCACCCGUAAAGGCGGAGAGCGUACCUACACCCAGCUAGUGCGGCUCAUCAUCAUUGAUGAAAUCCACCUUCUGCACGAUGACCGCGGACCCGUGUUGGAAGCUCUGGUGGCAAGGACCAUCCGAAACGUGGAGCUGACCCAGGAGGAUGUGCGUCUGCUCGGCCUCAGCGCCACACUGCCCAACUACGAGGAUGUGGCUACCUGCCUGCGGGUCGAUCCUGCCAAGGGACUCUUCUACUUUGAUAACAGUUUCCGCCCUGUUCCCCUGGAGCAGACUUAUGUCGGCAUCACAGAGAAAAAGGCCAUCAAGCGUUUCCAGAUCAUGAAUGAGAUCGUCUAUGAAAAGAUAAUGGAGCAUGCUGGAAAGAACCAGGUGCUGGUAUUUGUCCACUCCCGGAAGGAGACAGGAAAGACUGCGAGGGCCAUCAGAGACAUGUGUUUGGAGAAGGACACGCUGGGCCUUUUCCUCAGAGAGGGUUCGGCCUCGACUGAAGUGUUGAGAACAGAAGCUGAGCAGUGCAAGAACCUGGAACUGAAGGAUUUGCUGCCUUACGGCUUCGCCAUCCAUCACGCUGGUAUGUCCCGAGUGGACCGUACGCUGGUGGAGGAUUUGUUUGCUGACAGACACAUCCAGGUUCUGGUGUCCACGGCUACUCUGGCUUGGGGUGUCAACCUGCCGGCUCACACCGUCAUCAUCAAAGGGACUCAGGCGUACAGCCCGGAGAAAGGAAGGUGGACUGAGCUCGGAGCCCUGGACAUUUUGCAGAUGCUUGGUCGAGCUGGACGUCCUCAGUACGACACAAAGGGAGAGGGAAUCCUGAUCACAUCCCACGGAGAGCUGCAGUACUACCUGUCGCUGCUCAACCAGCAGCUGCCCAUAGAGAGCCAGAUGGUUUGCAAGCUGCCUGACAUGCUCAAUGCUGAGAUAGUGCUGGGCAACGUGCAGACUGUGAAGGAUGCUGUGAACUGGCUGGGCUACACCUACCUGUAUGUGCGUAUGCUCCGCAACCCCACCCUGUACGGUGUGUCCCACGAUGACCGGAGUGCAGACCCCCUGCUGGAGAGGCGCAGGAUUGACCUGGUGCACACAGCAGCCAAUGUCCUGGACAAGAACAACCUUGUGAAAUAUGAUAAGAGGACAGGAAGCUUCCAGGUUACAGACCUGGGACGCAUUGCCAGUCACUUCUACAUCACUCAUGACUCCAUUCAAACCUACAACCAGCUGCUGAAGCCGACCCUCAGUGAGAUUGAGCUGUUCAGAGUCUUCUCACUGUCCUCAGAGUUCAGGAACAUCAACGUCAGAGAGGAGGAGAAGUUGGAACUUCAGAAGCUGCUGGAAAGAGUUCCCAUUCCUGUGAAGGAGAGCAUCGAGGAGCCCAGUGCUAAGAUCAACGUGCUGCUCCAGGCGUACAUCUCUCAGCUCAAACUGGAAGGCUUUGCUCUCAUGGCCGACAUGGUGUAUGUUACACAGAGUGCUGGAAGGUUGAUGCGCGCCAUUUUUGAGAUCGUUCUCAACAGGGGCUGGGCUCAACUGACCGACAAGACCAUGAAUCUCUGCAAGAUGAUCGACAAGAGAAUGUGGCAGUCCAUGUCCCCGCUGCGACAGUUCAAGAAGCUGCCAGAGGAAGUGAUCAAGAAGAUCGAGAAGAAGAACUUCCCCUUUGAGCGUCUCUAUGACCUCAACCACAAUGAGAUUGGGGAGCUGAUCCGAAUGCCCAAAAUGGGGAAGACCAUCCACAAGUACGUCCACCAGUUCCCCAAACUGGAUCUGGCUGUCCACCUGCAGCCCAUCACCCGCUCCACGCUGAAGGUGGAGCUCACCAUCACGCCCGACUUCCAGUGGGAUGAUAAGAUUCAUGCGACCUCUGAGGCUUUCUGGAUCCUGGUGGAGGAUGUGGACAGUGAGGUCAUCCUCCACCACGAGUACUUCCUGCUCAAAGCCAAGUACGCCCAAGACGAACACCUCGUGACUUUCUUUGUCCCGGUGUUCGAGCCUCUGCCACCGCAGUACUUCAUCCGCGUGGUCUCAGACCGAUGGCUCUCUUGCGAGACUCAGCUCCCAGUGUCGUUCCGUCACCUGAUCCUCCCUGAGAAGUACCCCCCACCCACUGAGCUGCUGGACCUGCAGCCGCUGCCCGUCACGGCUCUCAGGAACUCCGCCUUCGAGGCGCUCUACCAGAACAAGUUCCCCUUCUUCAACCCCAUCCAGACACAAGUGUUCAACGCUGUCUACAACAGUGACGAUAACGUGUUUGUGGGAGCUCCUACGGGCAGCGGGAAGACAAUCUGUGCUGAGUUUGCUAUUCUGAGGAUGCUGCUGCACAACGCUGAAGGUCGCUGUGUCUACAUCACACCGAUGGAAGCGCUGGCCGAACAGGUGUUUAUCGACUGGCACCAGAAGUUCCAGGACAUCCUGAACAAAAAGGUGGUGCUGCUGACGGGAGAAACCAGCACAGAUCUGAAGCUCUUGGGAAAGGGGGACAUUAUUGUCAGCACCCCCGACAAAUGGGACAUCCUGUCUCGUCGCUGGAAGCAGAGGAAGAACGUCCAGAACGUCAGCCUCUUCAUCGUGGAUGAGACUCACCUCAUUGGAGGAGAAAAUGGGCCUGUGUUGGAGGUCAUCUGCUCCAGGAUGAGGUACAUCUCCUCUCAGAUUGAGCGGCCAAUCAGAAUCGUGGCCCUCAGCUCGUCGUUGUCCAACGCCAAAGACGUGGCUCACUGGCUGGGCUGCAAUACCACGGCAACCUUCAACUUCCACCCCAACGUCAGACCGGUUCCUCUGGAGCUGCACAUCCAGGGCUUCAACGUGAGUCACACUCAGACUCGCCUGCUGUCCAUGGCUAAGCCGGUGUACCACGCCAUCAUGAAGCACUCCCCCUCCAAACCGGCCGUGGUGUUCGUCCCGUCCCGCAGACAGACUCGCCUCACAGCCAUCGACAUCCUCACCUUCUGCGCCGCGGACGUGGUUCCUCAGAGGUUCCUGCAUUGCACCGAGAAAGACCUCGCUCCGUUCUUGGCAAAGAUAAACGACGCUACUCUGAAAGAGACCCUUGCCAACGGCGUGGGCUACCUGCACGAGGGCCUGUCUGCCACCGAGCGCAGGAUAGUGGAGCAGCUCUUUAACUCCGGCGCUGUUCAGGUGGUGGUGUCCUCUCGUUCCCUCUGCUGGGGCAUCAACAUCUCCGCACACCUCGUCAUCGUCAUGGACACCCAGUACUACAACGGCAAAAUCCACGCAUAUGUGGACUAUCCCAUCUAUGACGUCCUCCAGAUGGUGGGCAAGGCCAACAGACCGAUGCUGGAUGAUGAGGGCCGCUGUGUGAUCAUGUGUCAGGGCUCCAAGAAGGACUUCUUCAAGAAGUUCCUGUACGAGCCGCUGCCGGUGGAGUCUCACUUGGACCACUGCCUCCAUGACCACUUCAAUGCUGAGAUCGUCACCAAGACUGUGGAGAACAAGCAGGACGCCGUGGACUACCUGACCUGGACGUUCCUCUACCGCCGCAUGACCCAGAACCCCAACUACUACAACCUGCAAGGUAGGUCUCAUCCUGUCUCAGCCAUGGCUUCUUUAAACAAUCCGGGCCGGAGCUGCAGCGGACACGGAGAGAUCCUGAGCAAGGCGGUGCGUCUGAUCCAGGCCUGCGUGGACGUGCUCUCCAGUAACGGUUGGCUCAGUCCUGCGCUUGCGGCCAUGGAGCUGGCCCAGAUGGUGACCCAGGCCAUGUGGUCCAAGGACUCGUACCUCAAACAGCUGCCCUUCUUCACCUCAGAGCACAUCAAGCGCUGCCAAGACAAGGGUGUGGAGAGUAUCUUUGACAUCAUGGAGAUGGAGGAUGAGGAGAGAACGGCUCUGCUGCAGCUCACAGACGCUCAGAUGGCCGACGUGGCUCGCUUCUCUAACCGCUACCCCAACAUCGAGCUGUCGUACGAGGUGGCCGAGAAGGAUAACAUCAAGAGUGGCAGUCCAGUGCUGGUCCAGGUUCAGCUGGAGAGAGAGGAGGAGGUCACCGGACCCGUCAUCGCACCUCUCUUCCCACAGAAACGUGAGGAGGGCUGGUGGGUGGUGAUCGGAGACCCCAAGUCCAACAGCCUUAUCUCUAUCAAGAGGCUGACUCUGCAGCAGAAAGCAAAGGUGAAGCUGGACUUUGUUGCCCCGGCGAUGGGCGUUCACAACUACACCCUGUACUUCAUGAGCGACGCCUACAUGGGCUGUGACCAGGAGUACAAGUUCAGCGCGGACGUGAAGGAGGCUGACAGCGAAGGAGACAGUGACUCAGACUAAUCUGUAACUGAGCGUUGCUUCUGCAUCGUUUUUAUUUGAUAUCGAGAGGGAUCAGUAGGUGUUUUUUUUUACUGUAGAUAUUCUGCCUGAUCUAUGGCCCUUCACUUUGUCUGUAUGCUUCUAUCCCUGUGUGAAAAUAAGUCAUUUUAUUCAGUCGUCUCAUUUUAUAUCACCUGAAUGAUGAACACCAGUCUAGAAUCAAAGUGUACAGGAUCUGUAUUGCAGGUACAAACUGCUCACUGAAGCCCAAAGAUGGGUUUAGUAGUGAGUGUAUUAAACUUUGAUCUGACGUCAGUUUAAUGUUUGACUGAAACUGUUAAAGAUCGGUAAAAUAACCAACAAUUCUAAAGAUGAUAGUAUGCUGUUAUUCUAAAUUGGGUCGAUCAAUGCAAAGGAAAAACUGUCCAGUUAUAUUUUUGGUCUUUUUGUUUGUUACGAAAUGUAAUUCUUAGACUGGUCUAAAUGUUUUUAGUAUGAUGUGAUGUCUGGAAUAUUUUUUGCAAUAAAGAGAAGCCAAACAA